AUAACUGUGCCUCGACAGAGCUAAGAUGUAGUUCAUCACAGUGAAGUGCCCAGAGACACUUAGUGGAGUGUGAGCUAAAGGAAGGAAAUCCUUGCAUGAAGCACAUAGUGCAAAGGGCACGCAAGCACUUCCCUCCUGGACCAGCUCCUCUCCCGCUGUUUGGAAACUUGGUGCACCUAAACUUCCAAUUUCACCGGGAUCUUCUGAUGGAGUUGGCAAAGACUCACGGUAACAUGUAUACUCUGUGGUUUGGGUGGUUCCCAGUGAUCAUCCUCAAUGGCUAUCAAGCAGUUAAGGAUGGCAUGACUACACACCCUGAAGAUGUUUCUGGGCGGAUGUUGGGUCCUUUCUUCGUAGCAAUGGCCAAAAGAAAAGGUGUUAUACUGGCAAGUGGUCACUCCUGGAAGCAGCAGAGACGCUUUAGCAUAAUGACUCUACGCAGAAUGGGAAUGGGGAAGAAAUGCCUGGAGCGUCGAGUGCAAGAAGACGCCUCUCACCUGGUGGAGUUCUUUAUGAGCCUAAAAGGAAGACCUGUGGAUCCUUCUUUCCCUCUUUUCCACUCUAUUUCAAAUGUGGUUUGUGCCCUGGUUUUUGGAUAUCAUUUCUCUGAUGAGGACAAAACCUUCCAUGAACUGAUCAGCGCCACAGAGAACAUAUUCAGAUUCGUAGGCAGCUUCCUUCAUCAGCUGUAUGAUCUCCUGCCCUGGCUGAUGCGCUGUCUCCCCGGUCCUCAUAAGCAGGCAUUGUCUUCCUAUGAUGUCCUGAGCUCCUUUGCAAGGAAGGAGAUCAGAAGGCAUGUGGAGAGAGGGAUACCAGAUGAACCACAGGAUUUCAUUGACUUUUACCUGUCUGAGAUGGAGAAAUCUAAAGAUGGGGCCAAGCCCAAGUAUGAUGAAGACAACUUGGUGCACAUUAUCUGUGAUCUUUUCCUUGGUGGAUCAGAGACAUCAAGCACAACAUUGCACUGGGGUCUGCUCCAUAUGGUAGUGAAUCCAGACAUCCAAGAGAAAGUGCAGAAGGAGCUGGAUGCUGUUUUGAAUCCCUCCCAGUUGAUUUGUUACGAGGAUCGGAGAGAACUGCCCUACACAAACGCCGUGGUUCAUGAGAUCCAGCGCUUCAGCAACAUCGUCUCUGUCGGCAUGCCCAGGGUGUGCAUCAGGGACACAACGCUGCUAGGAUUCCCUGUCAAAAAGGGCACCGUGGUUAUGCCGAACAUAGCAUCUGUUCUGUACGACCCUGAGCAGUGGGAAACACCUCGGCAGUUCAACCCUGGGCAUUUCCUGGAUAAAGCAGGAAAUUUUAUACCUCGAGAGGCCUUCUUGCCAUUCUCAGCAGGGCACCGGGUGUGUUUGGGGGAGCACCUGGCCAGGACCGAGCUCUUUGUCUUCUUUGCCAACCUGCUGCGGGCUUUCACCUUCCGGCUCCCUGAGGGGGUGACACAGAUCAGCACAGAGCCCGUUUGUGGGGGUACACUGCAGCCCCACCCGUACAGGAUUUGUGCCAUUCCACGCUAGGCUGCAGCACGUCACAGAGGGGCACGAGACAGCCACCCUUAGCUCUGUGGAUUUUCUGUGUGCAGACCACCUUCUGCUAGCCAGGAUAUUGACACUAGCCUAUCCCAGGGCUAUUCAGAAAGGAGAUGUAAGUCAAGAUCCAGACCCUCACUAUUUUUGGUCUGGGCCUUGUGAAGUUCUCAGAUAUUCUUACAAGGAUCUUAACCACUUUUUCCUCUUGGAGAGCACCUGAAGCUCGAUGCUGUGGCUCCUGGUCGAAGCCAAGGUGCUGCAGUUUCUGGCCCUAGGCAAGCAGAAUCAUGAUGAUGCUCAGUCUCAAGUAAACCUCAGUAAAAUGCAACAGAGGAUCUCAGCAAGAGCUGAGUAGGUGUCAUUCCUGUGAGUGCUGUGAUGGCCUCAAGUCAUCUGACUUUGAAAAAUACACUUUAAAGCACUACUUUGGCUUUACUGUUCUGAACUUGCAGACUUUAAUUUGUUGAUAGGCUGCAAAUUAAGAACCCAAACCCAGGAAACACACUAGAACGUGGGUGCAUUAAUGUCUGGAUUUGAUGUGUCUCUCAUGUGGAAGACAGAGCUAAGCUGAAGAAAGAAAAACUGGAAUUUGGUGUAUGCCAGCACCGUGCAAGUGUGUCUUGGCAGCCUGAUCGCUGUGGUGAGGCAUUGCCAAGUGGUUUGUUUGGCAGUUGCCUUUCAUGAGGCUUUUAAACAUGAAGCUUCUGUGAUGUGGAAUCACACUCAUUAUCAAUCCUGUUUGGAUAGAGUGUAAAUGUGGGAUGAGAUAUUCACUUUGCCAGUGGGUUUCACUGCUGACUUUGCAGCAGAGGUAUGCAGAGGCUUUGGAAGGCAGUGUCUACAGGCUAGCUGAACACUCAGGUGUUUCCCAUUUUCUCUGGGGUCUGUUCUGGUUUCAUUAAUAUAUAUAUACACACACCAGACUUGCUCUUUCCAUUCAAUCUUAUUCCACUCCUCCCCUAGUUUCCAUUCCUACUCCAAACUACUCUUUUUCAGGUAAACUUUGUUUUGGGAUUCACCUUCCCUUUUGGUUUCUCACCACUUGCAUCUUUCCAUCCUAUCAAACUUCUGCCUCCUUUCACUUUUUUUUUGCAUGAGUCUUAGUAAAUGAAUCAAUGACUUUUCAGGAGAGAUAUUAGAAGCUCUGAUUUAUUUGUUCUUUGAGGCUUCAGCCCUUGACAAGAAGAGUACAGAAACUAUGGAGGGUGCACUGGAGGCAACUUAGUGUAAGGAAAGACAUAAAUGAUGAUGUGAUGCAGGGAUACUGAAACAGCUAUUAUUAACAUAACUGCUCACUGGCACUGAUUCAACUCAAGAUGAAGGCAGUUCAAGCAUACAGCUGGAGGUGACUGCCAAGCUCAGCUGUGGCUUUGUUAAAGCAAAGUACUGUAGUAUUCUUGAAUACAAAUCACUUUUGGAAGGGAUCCAAAUGCUGGAAUGGAGUAGAGCUGUCUGUAAACACUGCUGUAAACUUGAUUGAAUUGGUAUGAGGACCAAAAGUGCUUUCAUGUUGGAAUAUAAACUAUUAGUAAUUAAAUCAUUGUGGUACAUCUGAACUUCCUGAAUUGAAAAUGGAGGAGAAUGUUACUAAAAAGAAGUGAGAACUACUGAAAAUCAGGCUGAGCUGGACCAGAUCCUGGCAUGCCUUGUGGCUCCAGCAGUGUUCUGCUCUAGCGUAGUCCAGUGCCUACAAGCUUGCUGAGCUGGAAGGGAAAUCAGAACAGCAAUGGGUUUCACAAAAGCAAUAGGUGUCACAAAUAAUCCAGACUGUUACAUCACACAGCACAUCCUAAACUGUUCCAGGGCCCACACACUUCUGCUCAGCCUUCUUUUCAGCUUUAUCUGCACUUGUCCUCCACCCUACUCUCCCACACCUCCUCCUUUCCACUCACCUUGCUAGAGAUGGUGUCCGUCACUACCUCUGCCCACUCCUUUUGUCAUUCUGUCACUCACUGAAGCUAAUAAUUAAUAUUAAUUAAUAAUAAUUAAUAACAAGA